CAGCCAUAUUUAAUAGAGAAUACAACGCCAUAAUAGACGUGUCGAUUUUUCAAGGUGUAUAUACAGAAAGAGAAAAAUAAGUAAAAAAAAAUAUUGUUCAUCAAAAGAAAAUUAAUUUUACCAGAAAUUUUUUAAUGUGUAAAAAUUAAAAUCAACACAAAAAAGCGAAAUAAAAGUAAAAAACUAUAAACACAAACAAAAUAGAAAACUAAAAACAACAGAAAUAAGAAAAAUUUACAAUUAAAAAUACAAAUGAAAAAAAGUAGUUGCAAAAAAAUGUGAUAAUUACGAAAAAACUCAAGAAAAGCCACAAAGAGCAAGAAAAUUUACAGAAAGAAUAGUUUGUUAGUGAAAAAAUUUACCCUGUUUUUUACAGCCAAACAAGCAAGCCAGUUGUUAGAUUUAAGGUUAUUUUUGUUAAAAUGGCCGAUGACGUUGCCUCGACCUCUACAGCAGCUGCUACGCAGGACAUGCUGGUCAAACUAUCCACAGAUGGAGUACCUAAACUUUUCUGUCCCGUUUGCAAUAAAGCACUCGUAUCUCUAGCCGGCUACGUGAAGCACGUCAAAAAACAUGAACCACCUGGUGGUUUCAUUUGCCGCUAUUGUGAGGCUCGUUUCUGUUCCGAUGAAGAGCUUAAAAAACAUCGUGAAUCAGAACACACUACCAUAGCGUGUCGCCUGUGCAAAACGGCUACCUUUACCAAUGAGGACGAUUAUCGAGCUCACAUUCGUGACAUACAUCAGGGUGUGGAUCGUGAAAUAUUUAAAUGUGAAAAAUGUGGAGCCGCUUACAAGACUAUCGAUCCAUAUCGGCGUCACAUUGAGACAGAGUGUGGCCGUAUUAAACCGUAUAAAUGUGAUAAAUGUCCCAUGGCAUUUGUGACGAAAUAUAAUUUGAAACAACAUUUGGAUAAUCAUUCGGGUGAAUUGAAAUUUUGUUGCAGUUAUUGUGGUAGGAAUUUUAAGCAGAAGGCCAGAUUGGUGGAACAUGAGCGGACACAUACGGGAGAGAAGCCGUAUACUUGUGAUGUUUGCGGCAAAAGUUUUUCACAUCGUGAAAGUAUUGUUACACAUUCGUCCAUUCAUACCGGCAUACGUUUGGUAGAGUGUCGCGGCUGUAGUUCUAGAUUUUCAUGUUAUUCCAAUCUCAUCAAACAUCGUCGUAGUCGCCCGGAUACCUGUGGUUUGCCAGAAUUUGAUCCACCCAGAAAUCGUAUUAGAAAACAUACUUCCAGAAUUCCAGCCACUUUAAAUCCCACCUCCGAAAUCAAGGUGGUUAAUGUUAAUAAAAUCAUUAAACCCGAUGAUCAGGUAAAAGUUCAAGCCCUAAAAAAAGAAUCACCCAACAAACCAACCAGCAGUAAGCCAAUGAAACCAAAACCUACAGCUCGUAAACGUACAGGACUUGGACCAUCAUCAUCGACAGCACCCACAUUACGUAAGCGUACACUAAGAAAAAAGGCCAUUAGUUUGGAUGUAGUCGAUGAUAAAGUGUAUGAUAAUGAGUUCAAGGUAGAGGAGCUUGAAGAUGAGGACAUGGAUGACGAUGAUGAGGAUUAUCUACCUUUGAAGUCCAAACAAAAGCCAGAAGAGACCAAAUAUAUUAUAGAAGAGACCAGUGAAAUAUCUUUGUCCGAUAAAAACUUGUUACAUCAAUGGUCGGAUGAUAGUGAGGAUGAAUAUGUGCCAGACUUUGAAACGGCCGAUACGGAUACAGAAGAUGAAGAUAAAGAUUUUAAAAUAACAAUGCCAGACAUUAAGAUAGAAAACGAUGAUGAGGCUGAAGAUGAAGUGGUAAUAACCACUAAUAUACAAAUAGAACCUUUAGGGGAAUUUGAGUACACACGCAUGGAUUCCUAUGCAGCUGAGGUGAAGUAUGAAGAUGAAAAGGAUAAUCUGUUUGAGGAGAAAGAUCGCAUUUUAGAGCAUUUGUUAAAUGAAAAUGAUUAUACUCCUUUGGAGGAGGGAGAGGCAGGUGGUGCUUAUGAGGUAACAACCAGUAAAACGAAAAAAGGUAAAAGAUUAUCACGUAAUGCUAAAGAUUCCUUGGAUUCUGAGGAUAUAUUAAAAGAGACCGAAGUAGCUUUUAUUAAAUUUGAGGAUAGUGAUGAUAUUGAGGAACCUGGAGAAGAUAUUUUACAAGAGCGGCAACAAGCCUUAGAAGUCACCAAGGAUGAUAUAAAAGAUUGCUAUGUUUUACUAGAGGAUAUCACCAAUUGCUUCCCCUCUUUAAAGGAAACGGCAAGUGUUAAGGUGCCACGUAAUUUCCAACCCUUUUUCUCAAAAUCGGAAAAAAUCAAAAAGUUUAUUAAAAAGCGUGGCAAAUAUCGACCCAGACGUCCGAAAAAUGAGCCCGGAUCUGAUGAGGAUAGCAAAUCUGGCAAUGGUAAAUCUUAUCGUUUGGCUUCGAUAUCAGCUAAACAAUUGAGGGAGCGCAUGAAGUUACUAAAGAAACGUGAUAAAUCUUGGAAAUGUCCAGAUUGCAUUAAAAUCUAUUAUAUGCGCAAACCUUUUGAGAAACAUUUACGUGAAGAUCAUAAAAAAUCUGAAGAUUUUAUUAAGGAAAUAUUCAAAAAUGAAUUGGAAGAAGUACAGACCAAUGAUGUGUUCAAAUGUCAUAUAUGCGAUAAAAUCUAUUUAAUGGAGAAACGUUUACUCUCGCAUAUACCCAAACAUGGUCCGGAUGGCACUUUGAUACACAAGUGUCCUUGCUAUUGUACUUUAUACUUUAAAACACGUGAAGAGGCCACGGCUCAUGCCCAGGAUAAGCAUAAGGAUAUGUUGUGGUGUGAAAUAUGUGAGAAAUUUAUGACCGGCUGUGAUGCUCUCAAAUCGCAUAAGGCACGCAUUCAUGGCGGUAAUAAGGAUUAUAAAAAUAAUCGUAAUUUGAUUUGUAUGAAAUGUGGCAAGAAAUUUUUGGGACGUACCCAACUCACCGAUCAUGAGCGUUCCGAUUGUGGUCGUUUGCCUUUGUAUCAGUGUCAGGAAUGCGGUAAAUGUUUAACCACAGCGGGUAUACUUAAAACUCAUAUGUUAUUGCACAGUGAUGCUAGACCUUAUCAGUGUGAUAAAUGUGGUAAAACAUUUAAGAUUAAGGCGCAAUAUAAGACACAUAUAAAAUAUGCCCAUACCAAGGAGAAGCGCUUUAAGUGUCAUCUUUGUCCCAAAGAGUAUCCUUAUCGUGAGAGUCUUUUGACCCAUAUGUCAGUGCAUACAGGCAUUAAACGUUUUAUGUGCAAUGGUUGUGGUAAACGUUUUACUUGUGUUUCCAAUCUGCAGGCACAUCGUAAGGUUCAAGCAGAAACCUGUGGUCUAUUGCCCUUAAAUGCCAAGGCUACACAAUAUAUGGGUGUACAAAAGGGCAAUUUGUUAAUGGGUGCCAAACCAGAGCCAGGUUUGGAUUAUGUAGAGACUCGCACCUUUAUAGCGAAAAAUGUUAUUACACACGAUUCACCCAUGGCUAUAGAACUUAAUAAUCAAGCACGCAACAUGCAACAGGAUGGCUCUUUGAGUGAUGGCAUUCCCUUGAACUAUGUAACCUCGGGUUCUGAAAUUAUACUUAUGUAUAAUAGGGAUUAAUUAUGUUAUUUAUAAUAUAUAUACAUUUUUUUUAAUUUAAGGUUUAUUUAACUAGCAACUAGUUUUAUUUACAGAUUUCAAAUCUGUAUUUGGAAACAGAAAUAUAAAAAUUUACAAAAAAAAAAAAUAUUUAAAACUC